GGGCGGCACCUCCACUACACCUUACACAAAGGAAGAGGAGGAGAAGAUGACCGCCAUUCUGAGGGAAAGGAAAGAGAAGAAAGAGGCAAAAAAAAAGGCCCUACAAGAGGAGCAGGCGGCAAAGUUGAAAAAGAUAGAGGAGGAGAUGGCCAGAGAGAAGGAGAGGUUGAAGAAAGAAGAAGAAUCGAAGUUGAAGGAGGUGGAAGAAGAAGAGGAGGAAGAUGAUUAGCCACUGGAAAGGAGAAGAGAACAGCGAGGGCAGUACAGUGGCAACAAAAGUGAGGAGAUGGAAAAAAGGAUUUCAGAGUGGGUCGCCAAUUUGUCCUUGGGAGAAGAAGAGGAGGUAGCUAUGCAUAUCCCCAAGGACGAGCAGGAAGCCGCUAUGAAGGAGUGGGAAGCAGAAGGAGAUGCUCUGAAGCGGCAAGCGAUGGAAGAUGAGAAGAGAAUGGAGUGGAAGUUAAGGAUGAUGAGGGAGAAGAAGAAGAGGGUGGACGCGGUAAGUGCAGCGGUCAAAGAGUUAGAGGAGGUGCAGGAACUGAGUUUACAGUUGACCCCUCAGGUAGACCUCCAACGAAAGGUAGAGAUCAUUGCUCAGAGUGUCGAGCGCUUGGCCCGAGUACUGGAGGAACAAUACGAGUUCAGUAGAAGUCAGGAUAUGGCUGUGUGUUCGAUGCGGAUGGGAUUUCGGGACUUUGCUCGCGAACUCGUAGGCGUAGUAGGAGCCGAGGUGAACCAUCGCCUCGAGAAACUGAACGCUUCUGCGUCGGCACGAUUAAAGGCGUCAAGGCGGCAACUCCCAAGGAGGAGGAGGCACGUCCUCACAGGGAGCCAGUCAAAGGCUAAUCAGCACGUGUUGAUUGCGAUUCAUGCGCUUAGAGAUGAAGCCGCCAGUUUCGCGAGGUCCCUAGUCCGCGCUGCCAACUGCAAUGAAGAUGCCGUUGCGUACUCCACAUUCACCCCCCUCGCCGAGUUUAUGAAAUUAUUGCGCGAGCGAUUCGCUGAUGUUGCUCGUAGUGUUAAGGUCUCCGAUACGCUGCAAACUAUCCAUUCCCGUCAGUGGAAGAGCGCGAGGGCACUCAAGAGCACAAUGGAUGAGUUAGUGGUUGUUCCUGACCACGGGGUCACAGAGCCCCAAUUGGUCAACCUCUUCUACCGGGCUAUGCCCGAAACGUUUAGAGGGCACUUCUUCGCGAAGAGCCAAAACCCUGCUAUGACGUAUGAUGCGCUUAGCAGGGAAGUGGUGGCGUUUGAGGCAAAGUCUGUGUCAGUUUUCAUUUUCUGGCACAAGGACUUAGACAAGGGAAAGAAGUGGAAGGGUCACACUAUCUCAGGGCAAGUUAAGACUAAGGAUAGUCUUGUCCUUACCUUAGAUGAAGGUAGUGUCGACGAGAUCCCCUACGAACAGAUUGAAUGGGGGUUAGAGAAUGAGGACAGCGGCGCGAGUCAGGGGAGAACUUACGCCGCUGUCGUGGCUGGAGGGAGGCCGCAAGGAGGAGGACGAGGCUAGGGCCAAGGGGGCCGGGCCUCAGGGAGCUGGUUUCAGGGCAAUCAAGGGGUUGGCGGUAG